AAAUUCGGUCAAGUUCUUUGUUCAGUAUUCUGUCUAGAUCUUUUUGUACAAAGGAUACAAUGCAGGCGUGUACCUUUCUGCAACUACACAGUGCCGUUUAAUGCUCACACAGUAACACGAAUGGGCUUCUGUGUCCUGUUGCUGGAUCAGGGAUUUAGACAAUGGGGCCAUAGAUUCAGGACAGAAAUAAAAGCAGCCAGAGAACGAGUGUCCAGCAGAUCUAACGGAGGACAAACAUCACUGAGACCAUGAGCAGGAUCACCUUCUACGAGGACAGGAACUUUGGGGGUCGCUCCUAUGAGUGCAGCAGCGACUGCGGUGACCUCAGUUCCUACUUGAGCCACUGUUACUCCUGCAGAGUGCAUAGCGGCUGCUUCAUGCUCUAUGACCGCCAAAACUACAUGGGGAACCAGUACUUUGUGAAGAGGGGCGAGUACCCCGACUGCAUGAGCAUGGGCAUGAGUGACUGGUUCAGAUCCUGCCGCAUGAUCCCCAUGUACAGAGGAUCGUACAGGAUGAGGAUCUAUGACAGGGAGAACUUUGGCGGUCAGAUGAUGGAGAUGAUGGAUGACUGCGACUCCAUCAUGGAUCGUUACCGCUGGUCCAACUGCAUGUCCUGCCACGUGACGGACGGCCACUGGCUCAUGUAUGAGCAGCCCCACUACAGGGGCAGGAUGAGGUACUUCUGGCCUGGGGAGUACAGGAACUUCGGUGGCAUGAGGUUCAUGUCCAUGAGGCGCAUCAUGGAUUCCUGGUAUUAAGAAGUAUAUGUAGAUAUGAUAUUAAUUAAGCUGUAU